CAUUAUUAUCAAAUCAAUGAUCAAUCAUUAACAUUAAUCAUUCCUUGGAUACAAUUAUUUUUGUUUUGAUCAUGUGGUGAUGAUUGAGUUAUGAUGAUGAUGAUGAAUAAAUCAAUUUUCAAUAGGAAUUUCGGAUUUGAACAUUUAUUCAUAUCAAGUUUCAAUAGUGAUGAUGACGAUGAUGGUGAUUGAUACACCUUAAUUUUAUAUGAACCGUAACAUAAAUUCUUGAUUCAAAAAUAUAAUUUUUCAUCAUUGAAGCCAUUUAACGUUCUUCGUAAUCGUGUGUGUCAUUCAAGACAAUCAUUUUUAUAUUUUUUAAUCAAUGAUAAAUUAGUGAUGAAAUCCUACUGUGAAAAUUAUUUCAACAAUCUUCAUUAUUAUCACUGUUAUUAUUGAUGAUAAUUUGGAAAAGGAAACACAUCCGUUCAGCUCUAAUUUAAUAUAAAAAUUUUUGAAAAUAAAAUAUUAGUGUUUGAUUCGUUAGUCAAACAAUUGACGGUUCAUUAACUGUGAUCGACAAAUGCAACAACAUUAUGAAUAAAAACAAUUUGAAAUUGAAUUGUGAACCUAUGGCCGAGAAUAUUUCAUUGGCAUGGCGAAAUUUAUCGUAUGAAGUGAGUGGCUGGUUCGGAAGUGGAAAAAAAUCCAUUCUAAAACGUUUGAAUGGCCAUGUCACUUAUGGCAGUAUGAAUGCAUUUCUGGGACCAAGUGGAGCAGGUAAAACUACAAUGCUCAACUGCUUGAAUGGUACACUUCGUAGUGGUAUCACUUCGGACUCCGAGAUUUAUCUGAAUCGUGCAGAACGUAAUCAAACGCCAAUUAUUCGAUUUGUCGAGCAACAUGUUCACGAAACCAUCAUUGCUCGAAUGACAGUUCGAGAAAUACUUCACUAUGCAUUUCGUUUCAAGAAUCCUAUGAGCCAAUGGAAUCGAAUGAAUCAGCAUAUACUUUCAGUGUUGAAUGAACUUUUACUCGAUAAAACCAUAUUGGAUAAUCAUUUCGAGAAAUGUUCUGGCGGAGAACAACGACGUAUUGCCAUCGCUCAGGAAUUGAUGUCAUUGGAAAAGCCGACUUUUUUGUUCGUCGAUGAACCAACAACCGGCCUUGAUAGUAAUGCUGCUCUACUUGUUAUGGAAUGUUUACGAAAAUUAGCUGGUAAUAACCGAUUGACUAUUCUGGUUUCAAUACAUACCCCCAACUCAGACAUUAUGAGCUUAUUCGAUAAAGUGUUCAUUUUGGCCAAAGGUGGUGUUUGCAUCUAUUCAGGCCCACCAAACGAUUUACGUAACUAUUUGAAACAAAAAAUUGAUGACGAAUUUGACACAGAAAAGCCACCCAUUGAAGAAUAUCUGGAUAUCGCUUGUGAAGGUAUCAGUAAUAAAUUCGUACGUAAAUUGGCUGAUUCGACACUGAUUGAACAACAUGAAAAACUUGUGCCAUUAGUUGAUGAUUUGCUAUUCUUAUCCAAUGGUAUACAACAACGACGUAAAUGGUUUUCAAUCGAUGAUCUCAUGCUACAAUUAUAUCGAAUAUUCAAGAUUACAUUCGUGGCUGAAUAUAAAACUUUCGUAAUGCAAUUUCCAUUCUUUUUCUUUUUAAUUGGAAUCAUGACCUUAUUGUUUGAUCCAAAUAUGACACAUGCUGAAACAUGUUAUUCAUUCGAUGCUGAUGACAGUGAAUUCAAUAUUACAUGUCGAGAUAAAUUACAUGCCGAAGCAUUAACAAAUGAUUAUAAAAUGAAUCAAUGGUAUUGGCUUAAUCUAACUGCUUUGGCUAUCUUGUGUAUGAGUAGUUUAUUUUUUAAUCCAAUACUCAAAGUUUUUCGUAAUGAACAUCGUAAUCAAUGGUAUAGUCUUGGUACAUUUUAUUGGGCAUUUAUGAUUGUACGGUUCAUUGAAUUAACUAUUAUGGCUGGAUUCAUUGGUUUAGUAGCAUAUUUUAUUAUCGAUCACCUAUAUGUUGAUCAUUAUCAAAUGAAUUGGAAUCGUUUUGGGAAUUACGUCUAUUUUAUUUGGCUUACAAAUCUUUAUCAACAAAGUAUUGGAUAUUUUGUCUGUGUAUUAUUAUUGGAUAAAAUUGAAGUAUCAAUCGUAACAUCAUAUAUGCUUGCUGUUAGUGAACAAUUUUUCACCGGUUAUAUGUUUGAUCCUUAUAAGAUGAAAAAUAUGCCAUCAAUUUUUUUACGUAUGUCUGAAUUAUUAUCAUUCAAAACUGGUCCUAAUGGAUUAAUGUAUACAAUGUAUGGAUUGGACCGGUGUGAAGAUGAAAAGAAAAUGUCAUUCGUGCUUGAAGAUUUUGGUGUUAAUGUCGAUACAGUAUAUAGUGAUUCAUAUAAAAUGAUGAUCAAUAUUGUCAUCUUUCGUUCGCUGAUAUUCAUUAUGAUGGUUUAUCAUUUUAGUGGUAUUAAUCGACCGAAGAAUUUUAUUAAAUCAUCAAAAUCUCAUCAAGAUUCGAUCAAAACUAUUGAUUAUGGAAAUUUAUCCGAUCAGAAAAAUGAAAUGAUUGAUUUAUCCAAAGCUGUUCGAAUCAAAAAAGAAGAUGAAAUUGGAUUCGAUGAUUUUUCUAGAAAUAAAAUUAUUGUUGCUUGGCGUUCCCUUACUUUGUUUGGAACUAAAUCCAUCUACGAGAUUCGAAGUGUAGAAAAUGAAGGACCAAAUUCUAAACAAAUUCUGAAAAAUUUGAAUGGUCAAUUCCAUUUUGGCACCAUGAAUGCAUUAAUGGGGCCAUCUGGUGCCGGAAAAACUUCACUUUUGAAUGUUCUUAACGGUCGGUCUAAAACUCGAUUAAGCGAUAAUACCAAAUUCUACCUCAGUAAAUUUACUCCCAUACGUGUUUGUUAUCUUACGCAAGAAGUUUCAGGCCAUUUGCUACCCGGUUUGACUGCCAAACAGAGUUUGACUUAUGCAUCAAUGUUGAAAAAUGCUAUGGAAAACGAAAAAUUGGACCAUGAAGCGAUCGCUAUGAAAAUUCUCAAAGAAUUAGAUCUGGUCGAUACGAAAGACACUUAUGUGCAAAAUUGUUCGGGUGGUCAACGGAAACGCUUGGCGCUUGGUCUGGAACUCACAUCGAUUCGGAUGCCUAACUUGAUUUGUAUUGAUGAACCAACAAGUGGUUUGGAUUCUAGUUCAGCUCAAGUUGUCGUGUCAUGUUUGCGACAAGUGGCUCACCAUCACAACAUUUGCAUCAUCACAUCGAUUCAUCAGCCAACCGCCGAAGUGUUUUCCAUGUUUGAUCAGAUUUAUGUCCUAGCUAAAGGUGGUGUAUGUGUCUAUUCGGGUCCACCAUCUGAUAUACGUCAGCAUUUGACCAAAGUUUCAGACCGAAUGGAUCAAGAUGAUAUCUUUCCAGUUGAAGAGUUGAUCAAGUAUUCUUGUCUCAGUUAUGAAGAUCCUUCUGUUCAGGAUUUAGUAACCUCUUCAAAUGAAAAAAUGUUGACUCAAGAUGUAAUCAUAUCAGAGGAAACGACCCCUGUCAUGGAUGGUAUACCAACAAAUAGAUAUCGUUUCUCAAUGAAAUCUGUUUGGAUAUUGAUGAUACGAUAUGUAUUCUAUGUUCGUGGUUAUUUAUGGCCAAUUCUUGCUCUAAUGUAUGGUCUUUAUCUAUGUUUUGGAAUAACAAUGAAUAUUUUAUUUGAUCAUAAUAUGAUAUUCAUCGAUGGUUGUGUAAAUCUGGAAGAUGAAUUCAAUAGUACUUGUAAUCAAACACAGGAGAAAGAUGAUGAAGAUUUUCAUCUAGAAGCAUCAUUCAUUUAUGUUGCAUUUAGUUAUGGAAUGUUUUUAUUUCUUGUAUUGGUUCAAUCGGCCAUAAUGUUUUCGAAAGAAAUUGUAUUCUUUUGUAAUGAACAUAGAAACGGAUGGUAUAGUACUGGUGCAUUUUAUUUCAUGAAAAUGUGGGUAGAAUUAUUACCACAGAUUCCAAUCUUUCUAUUGUAUACGCUUUUGAUCGAUAUCUAUGAACCUGUACGGCCGGGAAUAUAUUUUUCCAUUGCAUUCUAUAUAAUUCUUGGCGCUGCUGCCUAUCAAUCUGUUGGUCAUCUACUUUCGAUUGUUACAUAUGGUGAAUUUGUGGCAUUAGUAAUUUCAAUACCAGGUGUUGAGGCGAUAUUUUUGGCGGUCAGUAAUCUUGGUACACCUGUGAAACGUUUACAUUAUUUGCUACAAUUUAUAUCGAUUUUUGCACCAACACGUUUCGGCAUUGAAGCUAUGCUUCUCUUACAAUAUGGAUUCGAUCGUUGUCGCCGUAAAGAAGUACAGAAAAUUCUUUUCCAAUUGAAAAUGGAAAAUGAUGAACAUGAACAUCAUACUACGUUUCUUAUACAAACACUUAUCAUGUUGAUAUUUAAUUUACUAUUUUAUCGUUUAGUAUCAUUAUUAUUGAUGAUAAUCAAAUGUAAUCAUGUUGAUGAUCGCAGAAAACGUGCAUUGAAAAUUGCUGAUUUUCAUCAAAAACAUCUGAUUGAACCAUCCAAUGUUUUUAUACCCGGUUUACAAUGUGACAGUGAAUUAAUUGUCAAAAGAAUUCAAGUAUAACAACUGUUAUUGUCAUUUUCUCUCUCUCUCUUUCUCUAAAAAAAAUUCCCAUGAUAAUUUAAUAUACUCAUACUCAUUUUUCAAUUAAAAGGCAAAAAUUUAAUAAUAAGAAAAAAAAUUGAAUUAAAAUCAAUAUUACA